AUGAGUGUUGCAAAGGGACCUGAAUCCUCCCCAUCCCGGAUGGCCUCUGGGUUGUUGUCCCAAUGCCACACUUGCCGCAAGCGAAGGGUCAGAUGUGACUCAACACGCCCUGCUUGUAAUAAGUGCAUUGCAAAAGGUGUCCAGUGUCUGGGAUAUGGAAGACAAAAGCCCCUUGUCUGGCUCCACGGAGGGGGCAACCAGAACCAAUAUCUGGUCGGGGGAACUCAGUCGGUUCUAAAAAGGAGAAAGAAGGGGAGACCGAAGAUUAUCAUUGCGAAGGAGGACGUUGAAGAACCGAAGAAGUCUCCCGAAGGAGUAAAAAAUAACAUAUCUGAAGUGUUAGACCUCGUGCAAGCCGCUUCCGAUGUUCCAAGAUAUUUAGACAAGUUCGAUCCCCUCCGCGCCCCGGAAACUCUGGAUUUUAAUUACCCCUUGGACGUUAAAGUGGUCGUCAGCACGAUCUGGUACUUCAAUAAGUAUAUUUAUCCCGAAGUCGAUCCGAUAGUUUACUAUCAAGAUCUUCCCACCAUUGACCCUAAGAGCUGGCAAGAUGAUAUCUCCAAUAUACUUUUCCAGAUACUUGUCUCCGUUGUUGCGACACACAGAGCUGUGAAAUCGCAAACGGACGAAAAAGUGUCCCUAGGCCAUGAAAUCUACCAGUACAAGCAGCAGGCUUUUCGUCGACUGAGUUUCGAGCUUAGAAACCCUGCCACUCAGUUGGGGGAUUUGACGCUGGUUUGUGUAUUGACCCUGUUCUUAGCAGAGACCCAGCAGUCAGCGUAUGGCGAAUGGCAGGCCCAUUUCCAAGGCGCAACAAAGAUCAUCGAGUUGAAAGGGGGUGUCAAAUACGCCCUAGACAGGUGUCCCCAAAUAAAGAGUUCUUUAACAUGCUACUUGCUGGCGGAUGUCUUGGGUGCUACCACCUCCCGAAAUGUGUUAUCCAUGUCAGAUGCGUCUAGACAACUAGGGUACUCAAAAGAUCUACCCCACAUUUUCUGCAACGGCUCAGAGUCGUUUGUCCCCUGUCCAAAUGAGCUCUUUGACUGUAUUAUCCGAAUCAACUAUUUCCGCGCCCUGUCCGCCCACGCGAUCGGCACAAACAACAUGAUGAUAGAUUUUGCCAACAUACAAAUGCUACUGCAGAACAUUCUCUCCUUUUCCGCACCCAACUGGGCGGACGGCAUGGUACAGCACUAUGCCGACACUGCAGUUAUUCCCCGCCGGAAAACCACAGGUGAUUUUAUUCGCCCUGAUCGAGACAUCUGGCUACAAAUAGCAACUAUUUACCAAGCCGCAAUCCUUCUUUAUUGCAUACGUUCUCUUGCUUUGGAUUUUCAAGGCCUCAUUCUUGCGUCCUACUCUUCGAAUACAGCAGCGGAUAUGAUUUCGUAUGUCACGGUUCAAGAUAUCCAGAUCGUGGCGAGACAGACACUUUCGGACCAUUUAGGUAAAAUCUUCGCUCCCGGAUCUGACUUACUUCGUCAAUCCUUGGCCCGGGUGGUAACUUGGCCCCUGUUUAUCGCCGGGGUCGAAGCUGGGGAUCAUUUUGAAGAUGCAACAGCUCUGAGGAAACUCGUGCUCAGUGCAUUCGGCAGACUAAGCAGAGCAUUGGGCACUUUGCAUUUUCGAGAUGCAAGGUCCUUUCUGGAGAAUGAGUACGGUCGUCGGGAUAGCAUAAGUAUUGCAGGAAAUCUCGAUUAUCGCUGCUGGUGGGAUGAUGUUUUUGAACAAUUGCCAGAUAGAUGUGCUUUUUUUGUGUAG